AUGGCCCCCGUGAUCCAGAAGCACGUGCGCGUGCUGCAGCGCGUGCUCACGGACGUCGCAGCGGCUAAGAUGCCCAUCGACAUGUUCAAUUACUCGGGGCGGUUCACGCUGGACGCGUUCGGGGAGAUCGCGCUCGUCGUGCCCACGUGGUACUGGAAGCUCAAGCGCUCGCUCAACGUAGGGAGCGAGAGGCGUCUGCGCGAGGCGUUGACCACUGUCGACCAGUUCGUCAUGGACGUCAUCUCCAAGACCGUGGACAAGCGCAACGCGCCAAUCAGCGACGCCGAAGACAAGGUGCACACUCGUGGGCGCGACAUUGUGUCGCUCAUCCUGGCCAACGAGACCGUGGACGGCACGCCUGUGGACCCCAUCCUGGUGCGCAAUGUGGUGCUCAUGGCGCUGAUCGCUGGGCGUGACACGGCUGCAGACGCGCUGGCGUGGCUGUUCCACCUGCUCACGCUCAACCCGCGGGUCGAGGAGAAGCUGCGCGCCUAUCUGCUGGCCAGUCUGCCCAAGCUGGGCUCGGACUUCGACUAUGUCCCGGACAUGCAGGAGGUGCAGAGCCUGCCGUACUUGGAGGCCACGAUUAACGAGGCGCUGCGGCUGUACUCGCCCGUGGGGCUGGCUCAGAAGCUCUGUGUGCGCGACACCGUCUUCCCCGAUGGGACGUUCGUACCCAAGGGGUCGAAUAUCGCGCUGGUGUAUCACGCCAUGGCUCGCAUGCCAGGGGUAUGGGGCCCCGACGCUGCGGCGUUCAACCCUGAGCGCUUUAUUGACCCUCAAACGGGCGAGCUCAUCAAAGUGUCGUCCGGCAAGUUCAGCGCCUUCAACACGGGUCCGCGCGUGUGCGUGGGGCGCAAGUUGGCCAUGAUGGAGAUGAAGAUGGUCGUCGCGUGUGUGGUGAGCCGCUUCCGCUUCGACGAGGUGCCUGGACAAGAUAAUCCGCUCAUGAUGCGCGUGCAGCAGCUUGCUCCAAAGGAAGAUGGAGAUGAAGUUGUAGUGGGGGUGGCUGCCUGA